AUUCAGAAAAUAUUUCUAAAUAAUACAGUUGAAUAUUAAGUUACUUCCUUUAUAAAGUUUUUGUUCAUAAAUAUAAAAUUAUUGUUAGAGUAAAUUACAUGAAUUUAUUCACGAAUUUAUUGAUUUAAACAUGAUCAAAAAUUUACUUAUUGCUUUAUGCCUUUUAAAAUUCAUCUCGGCAAUAUCGGAAGAAGAAAUCAUACAAUUAAAUUAUUUAGUAACUUGUAACACAAAAACCGCUAUAAAUAAUAUCAUGAAGUGUUUAAAAAAAAAUCUUAAAGGAUACAAAUAUAACAAAUCCGAUGAAAAAAAUUUAAUUUAUAAGGCACAUUACACAAGUCAUAAGAUUUUAUUUGCAAAUACCGAUAUAGCUUCGAUAUAUAGAGAAAUGAGAGAUAUUAUAUGCAAGCACGAAAUGAAUUGUAGAAAAUUCGUUGAAAAAUGUUUUAAUACAUUUCACCAAGAUUUAUUAUGUUUAGAUAACAUAAAAUGUUGUAUUAAAAUCAAGGCAAAGUUAAGUGAAGAGCAAGAGGAAUAUGUUGACAAUUUAAAUGAUCGGAUUACUAAACAAUUAGAAGGAUCCAUUUCGGCAAUAUCUGAAGAUGAAAAAAUGCAAUUAAAUAUAAUAUUAAAUUGUAACAGAGAAACCGCUAUAGAUGAUAUCUUGAUGUGUUUUGAGGAAGAUCUUAAAGACUACAACUAUAACAAAGAUGAUGAAAGUAUUUUUAAUAUGAUAACAGACAUUAGUCAUGCAAUUUUAUUGGAAGAUUUCGAUAUAGUAAACCAAUAUAGAAUAAUGCGAAAUAAUUUAUGCAAUGAUAACGAGGAAUGUAAAAUGGCCGUUGAAAAGUGUUUUCAUUCAUUUUACAAAGAUUUAUUUUGUAGAAAUAAUCGAAGUCUCAGUAGUAGUGCAUGGAAAAAGUUUAAUAAAAGUCAACAGAAAUAUUUUAAGGAAUUAUAUAAUGUGAUUGCUAUAAAAUUAGCAGUAGAAGAAUGAUGUUAAAUUGAAUUACUCGUUUACGUGGCAGUUCACUAAGGUGUUUGUUAUCAUAUUCUUUUUAUUAAACCUAUAUUAUUAAAAUAAACAAAUUUAAAAAAUGUUAAUA